GCUGAAUUCAGUAAGCUGUCUCUAGUCACUAAUAGAGACUUUUCGUGGUGAAAAUCGAUUUUGAGACUAAUUGGUAUUCAGUAAGCUGUCUCACAUCUCUAGGCUCAAAAAAAAAAGUUACUAAUUUGUCAGCUGGUUUUCAAGAGGUCACAAAACGAAAAUAUACAAUCAAACAAAGGAAAAUUAUGGAGGAAGAGAUAAUUGCUUUCUAUUUUAUCCUAAAAAAACGUGAAAAUGAAGCGAGGAAUGUCCGCAGGCGAAUUCUGGCAAGCUUGCGUGAUACGGAGGAUCCAUUUUUGCUGCAGGAGGAGAUUUUCAGCAGAUUUCUUAGAUUUCCGAAGUCGUUGUGCUGGGACCUUAUCCAAGAAUUAAAACCGCACGACAACUACACUCGGAAAUCUAGAAUUCCGUUGGAGCUUCGAUUUAUUUCAGUACUAUAUUUCCUGUCGAAUGGCUCCUACCAAAGCUGCAUAGGAAAUAGCCACUUUGCCGCAAUGAGUCAGCCAAGCGUCUCGCGAAACAUUAAACAGAUAUGCAGGAUGGUUGUUGAACAUAAACAUGUCGAAAUUAGUUUUCCCAAUUCGGCUGACCACUACAACAGCAUUAAGAGGGGUUUUCACAACAAAUUCGCUAUUAAAGGUGUAAUAGGUGCUAUUGACUGCACACAUGUCGCCAUAAUUUCUCCGCCAUCUUCAACCGCUGGGGUAGUGCCUCAUGAAUACAUGAACAGGAAGGGAUAUUGCAGCAUUAACGUUGAAGCUAUUUGUGACGAAGAGCUAAUUUUUCGGAACGUAAAUGCACGAUUUCCUGGUUCAUGCCACGACGCCGGUAUAUGGACAACAUCGCCUGUAAGAAUUAAGCUGAUCAGAGAGCAUGUUUCUGGAGCCUUUAAAUGGCUUUUGGGCGACUCGGGCUACCCUUUAGAGCCAUGGCUUCUUACGCCAAUACCAAGCCCUUCAUCUGCUAAUGAAGAACUUUUCAAUACGGUACAUAUUAAGGCAAGAAAUACGAUAGAGCGCGCAUUUGGAGUCCUAAAGUCUCGCUUUAGGUGUUUAUCCAAAGAGCGUGUGCUCAAAUAUACCCACACAAAUGCCGCAUUUAUUAUUUACACAUGCGCAAUAUUUCACAACAUACUGCAAAAACGACGAAUUUUUUUAUCAGAAGAAACCAUGCUGCCAGAAGACUCCCCUCCCGAUGGUGUGGGCAUGAACACGCCAAUACAAUCAACGGAGCAUUACUCUGAAGGCAGAAGGGCACGUCAAAGUUGCCUAAACGCAUUAAUAACAUAAAUUUUGAAUUUGCAUGUGUCUGAAGUUGUACAAAUUGUGCUCAUUUAUAAUGUACAACGUGGCGACGAAUAAUUGUUACCCAGGUUUUUUUAAGAAAUAAAAGGGUCCUUUAUAGAUUUUGCGAAAAAA